GAUCUCGGGUUUGAUACCCCCAGGAACCACCCCUUACGGACACUCUCCACCACCUCCACCUGGAAUUUCAACCACCCAAAACGAUACGGACCACCACCAGGAACGUUCGACGACUGAAACGAAACGAGACGACCUCUUGCCGAUUGAUAUUAGACAAGAUACCACCGCCAUUUCAACAACACAAGGCACUGCAACUGCAACUUGAUUAAGAAAAAUGCAGCUUACGAACCUCGUUUGGCUUGCCGCCGCCCUCGGCGUGGCUGCCCACCCAUCCGGCCAUGCUCACCAGCACCGCUCCUUCCACGCGGCCAACGACAAGCGCGGGUUGGCCUUCUACAAGGCCGAGCACAGGCACCCUGUGAAGGUCGCAGCACCAGCCUCCACCACCGCCCCGCCCCCAGUUUCGACUCCGUCGCAUUCUUCAAGCUACGCUGCCGCCGCGAGCUCCCUCAGCGACGCAUCUGUCAGCGACUCAUCCGCCUCAGCCUACAAGCCGUUCUGCAAUGGCCUGACGAGCAAGAGAGCGACCGCCGCCGAGAUUGCCUACACGGGCAACACCGGUGUCGCUGGCCAGUGGGGAUGCAACAUCAUGCUCGUGGACCAGAGCGUCGCCGACAAGUACAAGUACACCAGCGUGUACACCAACCGCGGCUCCCAGAGCCACCAGGUCACCUGCUUCAACAAGAUCGGGCCCGAGGGUCUGAUCAACGGUUUCUUCGGCUUCAGCGCCGUCACGUUCAACCUCGCGCCCGGCGAGCAGCAGGUCGUCGCCUUCGACUCCAACACCCAGGGCGCCUGCGCCUUCCACGCCGGCAGCCUCCCCAAGACCAACUACGGCGAGUGGGCCGGCUCAUGGGUCGAGUUCGACUUUGAGAACACGAGCAACGGUGGCUGGUCGGGCGCCGACUGCUCCUCGCUCGUCGCCCAGGCCGCUGGUCUGGACGUCCCCGGCUGCCAGGUCUGCUCCUCCGGCACCUGCUCUACCAUCUACCCCGGCGGCCGUGCCGACAACGCCUACAUCAAGGGCAUGGAGGCUGACGACGGUGUCGGCCUCAACAUUGCCCCCGGCACUGCGCGCCUCUCCGUCACCGUCGGAUUCUCCGGUUAGACUCUUAUCACGGGGCGCACUUGGUCUUACUUUCUCCCCCGAUGGGGCUUCUCAUGAUCGACGGCGCCGUUGCACAAACAGGCACCCGAUAGGGAUAUUUUUUGGUGUUUUUUAUUAUUCUUUGUUUCUCGGUUUCCCUGGAACAAU